AUGGCCCCGCUGGCCCCGCAAGUGCCGGCGCCUGAUGCGGCUGAUGAGGUCCCUGGUUCUUCUGCUCCAGCUGCUAUUCUGGAUCGUGCUCUUUCAGAGAUGACCCAGUUGCAGGCAGAUCUCCUGGGCGCGGACCCGCGCCUGGUGGCCGGGCGCCUGGAGCUGGACUCUUGCUGGCUUCACUCUGACCUGGCGGAGGGGUGCCGGACUGAGGAGUUCAAUGCGUACCUGCUUCAGGGGACCCUGCCGGAGAAGGAGGAGGACGCGGAGGAGCAAGGGCACGAGCUGCUGGCUGAUAUACAUGGCGGGGACUGCGCGCAUCACUCUUCAUCGCACACCCUCGUGGACAAUGCAUUCCGCAGUGGAUUCUACUGCCCCAUGGAGCUCAACGAUGCCACCGAGCUGAUAUGCUACUCCUCACUGGCACACCCCAGGAGCAACAGCCAGGUUGAGCGCGCCAACACGGAGGUCUUGAGAGGCCUCAAGGCAAGAACCUUUAAGAAGAAGCUCGAGGCCUACAGCAGGGGCUGGCUGGACGGGCUCCAGUCCGUGCUGUAUUCCAUCUACACCACCGCGACCAAGCCAACAGGACGCCUCGCCGGGAUGGACCACGUGCUGGGGGAGGAACGCUGCCGCCAAAUCGCGCUCUGA